AUGGAAAAAGUCGAGGAUUUGAGGAAAAGGGUCGCUAAAGCAGAGUCUGAGCUCCGGGGACUGAAAGAAGAGCUUGCGAGAGCGGAGAGGGAAGCUCAAGAUGUUAAGGAACCAGCUCAGCAACCCUGGAAAUGGCCCCUGCAAGCGGAGGAUUGUGAGAGAUAUGGGCGUCAGCUAAUCAUCCCGGCAGUAGGAGUGAAAGGCCAGCUCAGGUUGAAGAAGUCAAAGGUCCUCCUCAUCGGCGCCGGCGGCCUUGGAUGCCCCGCAGCCGCUUACAUCGCCGGGGCAGGGGCCGGUACCGUCGGUCUCGUCGAUGGGGACGUGGUCGAAGUGUCUAAUCUUCACCGCCAGAUAGCCCACUCAACAGACAGGGUUGGAGUGUUCAAGGUUGACAGCGCAAUCACGUAUCUGAAGGGUCUGAACCCAACUGUGACAUAUCGUGCCCACAAGACGCACCUGACGCCGCAGAACGCCGAAGAGAUUGUUUCACAGUACGAUAUCAUCCUUGAUUGUACAGAUCAUCCGACGUCUCGCUACCUCAUUUCCGACAUCUGCGUGCUCCUUCAAAAGCCGCUCGUCUCGGCGUCGGCUUUCCGGACAGACGGCCAGCUCAUUAUUCUCAACUCUCCCGCCGCGCCGCAGGGAAGCCUAGAUGGCGGACCGUGCUACCGUUGCGUCUUCCCCAAGCCGCCGCCACCGGACAGCGUGGUCAGCUGCGGCGAGGGCGGCAUCCUCGGACCUGUCGUCGGAGCCAUGGGUGUCCUGCAGGCUCUCGAGGCCAUCAAACUUGUCGCCGCAGGCGCUGUGGAUCCCGAGGUGAAGGUAAAAGAAGCUGCAGCCCCUUCACUUCUCAUCUUUUCAGGGGCUGCGCCAUCGGGUCCUUUCAGGUCAGUUAGAAUGCGCGGACGGAGGAAGGACUGCUUCGCUUGCUCUGCAGUAUCAACGCUGUCACUCGAGACUCUGCGGUCUGGGUCCCUAGACUACAUCUCCUUCUGUGGCGUCAGCGCCCCGGUUAGUGUCUUGGGGCCCGAGGAGCGAAUCACGGCGACCGAGUACGAGCGCGCCCGCAAAGACAAGACAGUCAAGCAUCUCCUGCUAGACGUCAGAGAGCGAGAGAACUUUGACAUUUGCAGCAUAGAAGGCGCCGUGAGCAUACCCAUUGCAACAUUUAUGAAGCAGACGCAGCCGUCAAACGACGGAACCCCGCCGCAGCUCGAAUGGCUACCUGCAGAGCUCCCCGAAGACGCACCCAUCUACCUCGUCUGCCGAGUCGGAAAUGACUCACAGCUUGCCGCGAAGCGCCUUAAAGACCUCGCGCUGGACGGCAACGGAAAACGAUUCAUUGGCGAUAUCAAAGGAGGCAUGAGGGCGUGGAAAGCCGAGAUCGAUCCCACGCUACCAUUCACAUGA